AUGGCAACUGUUACGAGCUCGCCGCCGCCCGCAGGGUUUUCGGCGCCCGAACAGAAACCUCAACCCGAGUCAGAUGUGUCUUCCCACCGCUACCGUUGGAGCGAUGCAACCGAGGAUUCUAUAAUAAAACCACUCCCGGAGCCGCCCGAGAGCCCCAAGAUAAAGGCAGGGCCGGUGUCUCCUGUACGAAUGAGCUUCUAUCCUGAGAAUUGGGCUCAGCCUAUCAACGCCAGCAUUGAGGGAAGACAGACACUGACAGUCGCGUCCGACGACUAUACGGAUCGAGAAUUGCCCAAGUCGCCUGAUGCGCCGCCACCGCCGCCCCAUAGCCCUGGCUAUGCGUUGCCCGAUGUUGCGCCUCUUGCGGAGAGACGCUUGGCGCAGCAGUCUGUCGGGAAACCAUUGCCUUCCACAUUUGCGGCGACUCUUCCAGAUCGUACCGGCCAAGGGGGGCGUCCUGGCAUCAAGUUAGUAAAUGACACUUCUGAUGCGAGUGACAAGGAGAAUGUUGAGAGUCAUGGGGUUCGAGAUCAUCAUCAAAGCCGACUCAGCCAGGAAUCAGACUCUACAGUGAGUACGCAACCUCAGGACAAAGCUUCCACAGAAGCAUCGGCCGAAACAAACGCGAGUUCAUUCUCUCAGGAUGCGCCAGGCUCCAAGAAUUCAGCUGGUAGUGCAUCUCCAGAGGAAUCUGUAUUCGAGGGGCAACAAUCGUUUCAGCAGCUCCAAUAUCACCAUGAUCAAGGCUCCACGCCGCGAACUUCGGGUACUCCAUUAGCACCAGAAUCGCGACCAUUGUCCACUCUCGACGCAGCCGAAUCGGCAGCGAUCAUCAACCGCCAUUUGACUCCCAAUUCUUUCCAGAGGAGAAGCUCCAUGCCUCGUCCAGGCUCGUCGUAUUCGGUGUAUUCGUCUCCUGGCCCACACGGCCGUUCGGUGUCUUCGCAAGCCCGGAGGUCUCCAGAGACUCGCCCGCUGUCUUAUGCCGAGCUGCUCAGUGUCCCAUAUCCGCAGCCAGCCCCCGCGCCGUUGAACAUUGACAACACGCACCUGCGCAACAACGUUGGUAACAAUGCCUCACUUUUGAGUGCUCAGAAGACAUUGGAGAUGUACCGGCAAAAUGUCAGGAAGACCAACGACUUUUCAAUCCAAUAUUCCUUUGCAGUCUUUUUGAUCUCCACUGCACAAGAACAAGGUUUCUCCCCAGAGGAGCCAACUCAAAAAAAGAAGGUUUCCAGAUCACCGGCACGAGAAGGUGAAAAUGAGGACCAAUGGGCCCCAGGCUCGUCACCUGCAGAGCUAGUGCGCGAGGCAAAAAUCAUAUUGACUCGGUUGGCGAAUGGGGGUUAUCCUUUUGCUCAAUACUACCUUGCAGAUGGCUAUGCAUCGGGCUUGUUCAACAAAGGCAAGGAAGACUAUAAUGCCGCUUUCCCCCUCUUCGUUUUGGCUGCGAAGCACGGUCAUGCUGAGUCUGGAUUCCGUGCCGGGCUUUGCUACGAAUUUGGCUGGGGUUGCCGGAAAGAUCCCGCAAAAGCAGUACAAUACUUACGCACCGCCGCCUCAAGGGGUCAUCCAGGAGCUAUGACGAGGCUGGGCAAGGCAUGUCUGUCGGGCGAUUUGGGCGAGCCUCGAUAUCGCGAGGGAGUCAAAUGGCUGAAGCGGGCGACCGAGGCGUCCGAUGCCAUGUACAAUGCAGCACCAUACCAACUUGGCCUUUUAUAUGAGACCGGGUACGGUGAUGAUAUCUUCAAGGAUGAAAGCUACUCGGCGGAACUCUUUACUCAAGCGGCAGAACUCGGUCAUCCUGAGGCGAGCUUCCGAAUGGGCGAUGCCUACGAGCAUGGAAAACUCAAUUGUCCAAGGGAUCCAGCUCUCAGCGUCCACUUUUACACUGGUGCUGCAGAACGUGGCCACGCCGGCGCAAUGAUGGGUUUAUGUGCGUGGUACAUGGUCGGAGCUGAUCCUAUCUUGGAGAAGGAUGAAGAGGAGGCUUACGAAUGGGCUCGCCGCGCCGCAGACCAAGGUCUUGUCAAAGCACAAUACGCCGUAGGGUACUUUACGGAAAUGGGCAUUGGCUGUCGUCGAGAUGUGCUCGAAGCCAAUGUGUGGUACGUCAAAGCAGCUGACGCCGGUGACGAACGCGCCAAGCAGCGACUUGCCGCCAUCCGCGCGGCAGUCAGCGGCGGCACACCCAUGGACGUUGCGCCUCCACGAAACGCAAAGAUGAAAAAGGCUCCGCCCAAAGAAGGCAAGGAUGAUAAGGAGUGCGUGGUAAUGUGA